AUGAUGUUGAACCUUCUAGCCCAAGUGUUGCCGGCGCGAUCCAAGGUAGGCACUCUUCAUUCAAGUGAAGAUCUUCUAGGUAACCUGCAGAUCGAAGAUGAGAUGUAUUCUCCAGAUUCAGCUGCGCCAGACCUCAGGCCCUGCAGGGAAGCCUCAAGUGAGAAACCCUCCUGCUUCCAGCAGAUUAAGGUGACUCUACAGUGGUAUUCUGCCAAGCUGAAGGACCGCGCCCCACCAACUCGAAAGUUAAGGCCUCCAAAAUGUAGAUGCUGUUGA